AUGACGGCAUCUGAUUUGCGAGCGGCAUUGAAGUGCACCAAGGUUUGCAGACAUUGGAAGGUAGGUACAUGCAGCAAGGGCACUGGGUGCAAUUUCGCACAUUCAGAUUUGGAGUUGCGCGAGCAGCCGAACUGGACGAAGACCGAACUUUGCUUCCGUUUUAUGUCGAAGGGUCGCUGUGGCAAGGGCGCCUCCUGCUCCUUCGCCCAUGGUCGAGGGGAACUCCGCGGCUCCACGGCUGCGGCACUCCCAAGAGCUCCAGAGCGUCGAAAGGGUCUCACCGAGCCAAUGAAGGUGGACAUUCAUCGAGUGUCCGACCAGACCACGGCGUGGGACACAUGGACACAGCUGCCCUUCCGACCGCCACCGGGCCUCGAGCCACCGCCUUUCAUCUUCAGCCUAGUGAACGACUUCGACUCCCUCAGCAUCGCUUCAACCUCGUUUCCCUGCACUCCUCGUGUUGAGGGAGACAAGCCAUAG